AUGGGUAAGUCAACGGAAGAGAAACUUUUCCACUACAUAAUGACGGGGAAACUUCAUCGUGUGCGAUCUCUUUUCAAGAAACACGAAGCUUCAUAUUUAAUUGCCUUAGUUGAUCGUAGGGGCCGAACAGCUUUGCACGCCUGUUGUCUUCUUGGAGAUGAUGCAAUAAUGAGACUUUUGUUGAAGAACGGAGCCAAUGUAAGAGCUACAGACAGUGAUGGCAAUACGCCUAUUCACUUAGCAUUGAGAUUCGCUGUUCAAACAGUUCAAUUCUCGACAUACAAUGAUCUGAUUGUACCGUUACUCAACUACUGUGACAAUCCCCAUGUUCUUGACGAAAGAAACAAUGAGGAAAAAACGCCCAGAGAGUACCUUACGGAUUUAAAAAGGGCAUAUGCUCAGAGAAGGGAAGAACUAGAGGCUGAAAGGAAAGAGCGAUGGCAUAAAGAGCACGAGGAGAAGUCAAGAUUGAAGGAAGAUCUUGAGUGGGAAAAGAAAACUACAGUUUGAAGAAAGUCAAAAGAAAGUUACAGUAAAUAUUGCCAGGAUGAUUACAUUGAUAACAUGAAAGAAACAUAUGAUGAGUGGGCUGAUAGAAUUACGUACGAAAGAAGACAAAAAACUGAAGCGAAGAAGCAACAGAAGAGAGAAACAAGAAAGUCAAGCCGGCUACGAAAUGAAAACGAACAGAAGGCGAGAGAACGAACCAGACAACUUGAGAAGGAACACGAAGCUUAUGUAACGCGGAUGUCCGUAGAACGUCAAAAAUUGAAACUUUCAAAAUCAUUAGCAGAUUAUGAAUCCAACUGCACAGCAGUAUUCUGCAGUAAUUCGACAGUAAACCUCACGUUCGUUGAUAUACCGUGGCCCACAAAGGGUGGUACCAAAGACAUGAUUGCCCUUUUGGAAAAUUGGUCAGAAAUUAAAACGAUGGAAGAAAAAAGAAAGUUUUUGAAAGAACAGCAAGUGAGAUGGCAUCCUGAUAAAUUUCUUCAAAGAUGUGGUAACAGGCUAGAUUCACAAGACAGAGUUAAAAUAAUUGAGCAAGUAAAUGAACUGUCUAAAGAGAUAAAUGCCUUGGUUGAGACUGAAUAA